AAAUUUGUAAAAUGUCUGUAGGAGGGGAAGAAAGGCGCUUUGUGUGGGGCCGGCCGGGCCAUUGGUCAGCUCCGGGCCCCCAGCCGCUCCCAGCCGCUCCCUCCCCGGGGAGGCCGAGCUCGCGGCCCCAGGCCGGCCCCAGGGUCCCCACAGCCCCUCUGCAGCCCUUGUGCCCACGGCGUCCAGGCCUCGGGGACCCAGGUCCCCGGGGCCGCGCGCCUCUGAGGGCACGGGCCUGGUGGGGAGGCCUGGCCGGGCCCCGGCAUGUUCCUCUACUGGAAGAAGCGGGGCGCCUAUGAGCUGGAGGCGCUGCCCAGCGCCCUGGCCGGGCUGGAGCUGGGGGCCGUGGAGCGUUUCUCCUGGAGCUCCACCCUGGACAUCAUCGAGGACCUUGGGGAUGCCGGGAGCCUGGCCGAGGAGAAGGGCCUGCGCUGUCAGAACCCCGACUGCAUGGACAAGGGGCGAGCGGCCAAGGUAUGCCACCACGCCGACUGCCAGCAGCUGCACCGCCGGGGACCCCUCAACCUCUGCCAGGCCUGUGACAGCAAGUUCCACAGCGCCAUGCAUUAUGACGGGCACGUCCGCUUCGACCUGCCCCCCCAAGGCUCUGUCCUGGCCCGGAACGUGUCCACGCGGUCAUGCCCCCCACGCACCAGCCCUGCAGUGGACCUGGAGGAGGAGGAGGAAAGCUCAGUGGACGGCAAAGGGGACCGGAAGAGCACAGGCCUGAAACUCUCCAAGAAGAAAGCCAGGAGGAGACACACCGAUGACCCAAGCAAGGAGUGCUUCACCCUGAAAUUUGACCUGAAUGUAGACAUCGAGACGGAGAUUGUGCCGGCCGUGAAGAAGAAGGCGCUGGGGGAGGUGCUGCUGCCCAUAUUUGAAAGGAAGGGCAUCGCACUGGGCAAAGUGGACAUCUACCUGGACCAGUCCAACACCCCCUUGUCCCUCACCUUCGAGGCCUACAGGUUCGGGGGACACUACCUGCGGGUCAAAGCCAAGCCGGGGGACGAGGGGAAGGUGGAGCAGGGAGUGAAGGACUCCAAGUCCCUGAGUCUGCCCAUCCUGCGGCCAGCCGGAGCCGGGCCCCCGGGCCUGGAGCGCACGGACCCCCAGAGCCGCCGGGAGAGCCUGGACAUCCUGGCCCCUGGCCGCCGCCGCAAGAACAUGUCAGAGUUCCUGGGAGAGGCGAGCAUCCCUGGGCAGGAGCCCCCCGUGCCCUCCAGCUGCUCGCUGCCCAGCGGCGGCAAUGACAGCUGGAAGAACCGCGCCGCCAGUCGCUUCAGCGGCUUCUUCAGCUCGGGCCCCAGUGCCAGCGUCUUUGGCCGGGAGGUGGACAGGAUGGAGCAGCUGGAGGGCAAGCUGCACGCCUACGGCCUCUUUGGGCUGCCCCGGCUUCCCCGGAGGCUUCGCUUCGACCAUGACUCGUGGGAGGAGGAGGGGGACGAGGAAGAGGAUGAGGACGGUGCCUGCCUGUGGCUGGAGGACAGCUGGCGGGACCUCAUGGAUGGGCAUGAGAAGCUGACCCGGAGGCAGUGCCACCAGCAGGAGGCGGUGUGGGAGCUCCUGCACACGGAGGCCUCCUACAUUAAGAAGCUGCGGGUGAUCACGAACCUGUUCCUGUGCUGCCUCCUGAACCUGCAAGAAUCAGGGCUGCUGUGUGAGGUGGAGGCGGAGCGCCUGUUCAGCAACAUCCCGGAGAUCGCGCGUCUGCACCGCGGGCUGUGGGGCAGCGUGAUGGCGCCGAUGGUGGAGAAGGCGCGGCGCACGCGGGCGCUGCUGCAGCCCGGCGACCUCCUCAAAGGCUUCAAGAUGUUCGGCUCCCUCUUCAAGCCCUACAUCCGCUACUGCAUGGAGGAGGAGGGCUGCAUGGAGUACAUGCGCAGCCUGCUGCGCGACAACGACCUCUUCCGGGCCUACGUGACGUGGGCCGAGAAGCACCAGCAGUGCCAGCGGCUGAAGCUGAGCGACAUGCUCGCCAAGCCCCACCAGCGGCUCACCAAGUAUCCGCUGCUGCUCAAGUCGGUGCUGAGGAAGACGGACGAGCCGCGGGCCAAGGAGGCCGUCAUCACCAUGAUCAGCUCCGUGGAGCGCUUCAUCCACCACGUGAACGCGUGCAUGCAGCAGCGACAGGAGCGGCAGCGGCUGGCGGCCGUGGUGAGCCGCAUCGACGCCUACGAGGUGGUGGAGGGUAGCAACGACGAGGUGGACAAGCUCCUGAAGGAAUUCCUACACCUGGACCUGACCGCGCCCAUCCCUGGUGCCUCCCCCGAGGAGACGCGUCAGCUGCUGUUGGAGGGCAGCCUGAGGAUGAAGGAGGGAAAGGACAGCAAGAUGGAUGUGUACUGCUUCCUCUUCACGGACCUGCUCUUGGUGACCAAGGCAGUGAAAAAGGCUGAGAGGACCAAGGUCAUCAGGCCGCCACUGCUGGUGGACAAGAUCGUGUGCCGGGAGCUGCGGGACCCUGCAGGCUCCUUCCUCCUCAUCUACCUGAACGAGUUCCACAGCGCCGUGGGGGCCUACACGUUCCAGGCCAGCGGGCAGGCCCUGUGCCGGGGCUGGGUGGACUCCAUUUACAAUGCCCAGAACCAGUUGCAGCAGCUGCGUGCGCAGGAGCACACGGGCAGCCAGCAGCACCUGCAGAGCCUAGAGGAGGAGGAGGAGGAGGAGCAGGAGGACGAGGAGGAGGAUGAGGAGGAUGAGGAGGGUGGGGAGAGUAGCACUUCUGCCGCCAGCUCCCCGACCAUCCUGCGCAAAAGCAGCAACAGCCUGGACUCCCAGCACUGCGCCUCGGACGGCUCCACAGAGACCCUGGCCAUGGUGGUGCUGGAGCCCGGGGAGACGCUGUCCUCUCCGGAGUUCGAGGGGGGCCCCUUCAGCUCCCAGUCGGACGAGAUGUCCCUCAGUACCACCGCCUCAUCCGUCACGCCGACCAGCGAGCUGCUGGCCCUGGGCCCCGGGGACGGCCGCUCCUGCUCCAUGGACUCCGCCUACGGCACCCUCUCCCCCACCUCCUUGCAAGACUUUGCGACCCCAGCCCCUGCGGCGGAGCCAGCGCCCCGGCCCCUAGAUUUACCACAGGCCCCCUCACCCCCGCCCUCGCCCCGCCUCCGCCGCCGCACCCCUGUCCAGCUGCUGCCCCGCCUGCCCCACCUGCUCAAGUCCAAAUCUGAGGCCAGCCUCCUGCAGCUGCUGGCAGGGGCCGCCACCCAGGGGGCGCCCCCAGCCCCCAGCCGCAGCCGGUCGGAACUCUGCUUGGCUGCCACAGCCACCGGCACGAGGACUCGGGACUCCCCUCAUGAAGCUGGGCCCCGCUGGAAUUGUGGGGGCGCACCCAGCCCUGGCAGUGGCUCCCAGCCAUCAGAGAUGGAGGGCAGGACCGCCUGCCUGGCGGGGGAGCCCGAAGGGCCCGCCAGGAGGAGCAGAGAGCUGUUCUCAGGGGCCUCCCCCAGGGUCCAGCCUGAGCCGCCCCCCGGGAUCUCUGCCCAGCACAGGAAGCUGACGCUGGCCCAGCUCUACCGCAUUAGGACCACCCUGCUGCUGAACUCCACGCUCACUGCCUCGGAGGUCUGAGCAGAGGGAGGCCCCCAAGGGUGCCACUGACCACGGACAGCAGACAGCAGGCCUCCGGGGGGUGCGGCCCUGCUCCAGCUGCUGCCUGUGUGUGCACAAGCCGAGCGCCGGGCCGGACCCCUGCCGCCGCUGGGCCGUUUGCACUUGGCCAGACUGGAUGGAGAUGGAGGAGGGUUCGGCAGAGGCCCAGGCUCAGGAUGGCCCCCACAGUCCCCACCGUCACUAACCUGCCCCCCCUACCCCCGCCCGCCCAGCAGGAUUCCUCGUCCGCUAUUCCCUGAAGUCACCAGCUUCCACUGCGCUGGGCUCCAGGGCCACCCACCUCCACCUCCUCUGGCCCCAGAUGGGACAGUCGCUUGCCCUCGCCUCCCUCUCGCCCCCAGGCCCGCUGGGCUCGCUGUAAAGUUGCAUAUUUAUUGAGCUUUGAUUCUUUUAUAAAGACUUGUACAUACGCCACUGGAA